AUGGAGUCGAGAAAACGUCCUUUGGUCGACGAAGAAGACCCAAUAGUCACUAAGAAGCGCAUUCUUACGGGGGCUAACGGUAGCCCGCUUGUAAAUGGUGCACCUGAACAAGAGGAGAACUCAUUUGGAGAGAAGCUCGAGCUGUAUCGCAAAGAAGCAAUCUACCGACGAAUGAAACAUUACUCUAAGGAACACGAGCGAAGCAAAGUCAUUAUACAGCAGUUAGAACGACGCAAGACGACUUGUGAAGCAGGUCUAGCUGCCAUAUCAGCAUGUUGGGCACAGCUUGUUGACACCAUACGUCUCGUGGUGAAGCCUAACGACCUUCCGGAGGUCAAUAUACAAUCAGAUGAAAUAUUUAACCUUACAGCUCAUAUCCAAAGCGAACCAUCAUCGCAAUUGGUGACCGCUUUGGGAGAGACAGCCAACGCGACACGGGCACUGAUAACAAAGUUCGUACAGAUUGGGGAAGAAAAACAAUCCCAACUGUUACAAAAUCAAAGUUUUGUGGAAUGUCAAAGGGCGCAGAACGAAUGCGCCGUUUUGAGAUCUGAAAUCAAUAUCCUCAAAUCAAAACUUGAAGAUUCAGAAACACAGAAAGAGCAUUAUCAUAACGCUCUUGUGGUUGCCGAAAAUCGCUUUGAACGAUCUCAAAGUGCCUCAGUACGCGAGAUGGAAUCACGCACACCGAGAAAUAAGGGCCAAGAGAGCGGGCCGGAGUCGAAAGAAGAAGUGCAGAGGCCGUCACCUGCACCAUCUCCUAUCGCAGUGGGUUCGCCUGUACACACUAACGGGAUUCAUGAUGCAUCUGAAUUCGACAUCCUGCGAGAGCAGAUCAAACUUAGAGACGCAAAAAUUGUAGAGCUAGAGAAGGAGACAGCUAUCUUGCGAGAGCGGAAAUCUAUGAUGGAAGUAGAGUUCAAAGCCCCUUCAUUGGAAUUUAUCAGCGAAAGCCCGUAUUAUAAAAUUUUGCUAGGGCACGCUUCACAGUUGGAAGCCACUGUCAACGAGAAGACCGAACAAAUAAAUCGGCUGCUAGAGGAAGUAACACAACUACAGGCGAUCCGAACCGACAUGGAGGAGGGUUUAACGAAUACCUCAAAUCAAGCGCUGUCAGAGCUUAAAGCUAUGUUGGCCAAGCGAGAUUCGGAGAACGUGAGGUUACGCGAGCAACGCGAGCAGCAGGGUGCCGAACUUAAUGAACGGCGGCAAAAGGACUCGAUAAGAUCGUCAUCUCUCCAAGAAUAUAAACUUCUUGUGGAGAGCAAUUCAGAACGAAUAAACAUAUUACAAUCGGAACUCAGCCGAUGCAAGGCUCAACUGGCUGCUCAUGCCAAUUCUGAAGAACUUAUGUCAUUUUUCCUUGCUGGAAACAUUGACCAGGUCAGGUACUUCGAAGCUAUGAGAGAAGCUAAAAGCCAAGCAGAGGGUAGGGUGGCAGCGCUUGAGCAAACAAUUGAACAGUACAAAAUCGACCAACCUGACGUAGUGCAACACAUGAAAUCCGAAGCUAACGCCCUUCAGCAACUUUCUAAACUGAAAGCCGAACUUGAUAAAUAUCAAAGGACUUACGGAACUCUUUCGACCCUUCCUCCUGAUGUAUCCGAGUUAGCAAAGGAGUUGCGCGCGAAGGAAACUGAAUUGGAGAAAUUGCGUUUGUUGGAAACCCAAAGGAAAGAAAGCGAAUCUUCGUUGUUUGUCGAAUUGGAGAAGUUGUCUGCCUUGUGGGAAGCAUUGGAUCGGCAGUUAAAAAGCAAGGUGUUUGAUCUAUCGAGCAUGGAGGAACGCUUAUCGAAAAGUGCAAUCGAAAAAGCAAAAUCCGAUAACAAAUACUUUGCUGCCAUGCGCGACAAAGAAGCAAUUGAGAACGAACGUAAAAACCUAGUGAGAACUUUAGAGAGGCAGGGUAAAGCGGUGGAUCGUUUGACAGAUUCUGAAAAGCAUUUGCGAAUUCAAAUCACUGUGCACGAUAAAGAGAUUCUGGCUCUCAAGAAAUGUUGUGAAGCCCUGAAAGACAAGCUACAUCGUUUUGAGAAAGAAAAUCCAGAGCUACACUUAUUAAUCGAAGGACAUAAAAAACGAAUCCACGAAAUGAAUCUGCAGUUAGGGGAAAGAGAAAGUCACCGGGUCGCUCUUAGGGAGCAAUUGCGCAUACAGGAGGACGACUUCAUGCGGGCAAAGAAAGAUAUGGAGAAGCAAAUUGCCCAGCUCAAGCGAGAUGUAAAACCGGAUUUGAGCAAUGUCAAGUCAGAUCCAGAAACCUUGGAGCUGAAACGACUUAGGUCAUUGGCAACAUGUACUACAUGUAAGGAGACCUAUCGUUCCACCAUCAUAACAAAAUGCAUGCAUACGUUCUGUAAAGGUUGCGUGGAUGCACGUCUUUCAACCCGACAGAGAAAAUGUCCCGCAUGCAGUCUACCUUUCGGUCAAUCGGAUGUCCAUACUUUCUUCUUCCAGUGA